AUGCCACAAAUCAGGACUCUAAAGCCAGAUCCGUCAACCCAGAAAGCUCAUCUCUGUGAGAUGUGUGUUCCUGUCAUGAAGGACGUUUUGUACCUGGCUGAGCAUCAAGGAACGUAUACUGGGCAGAAAUCGUGUACAUGUGUAGCAUGUGGGGAACAAUUCUGUUUCAGGGUGAAUCUUCACCAACACCAGAAGGAGCACAGUGGGGAAAAACCCUGCAGCAAAGGUAUGAACAGGACCUCCUUUGUGAAGAGCUACGGAAUCUAUUUGUCAGGGAAGCCUUUCACCUGUGGGGAGGGUGGAAAGGACACCGUGGGCCUUUUCCAGUACCAGGCCACUCCCAAAGCGGUACUGAGUAUACACAGCAGUACUGGCUGUGAGGAGACCUUUCACUGUGGAAAAAGUCCUUACAAGUGUGGUGAAUGUGGGAAAGCCUUCCGCUGCAAACGUACACUUGUUCAGCACCAAAGAAUUCACUCUGGAGGACUGUAUGAGUGCAGUGAAUGUGGGAAAACCUUCACUUACAAGCACACAUUUCUUCGGCACAAGACGCUUCAUACUGGAGAAAGGCCUUUUGAAUGCAGUGAAUGUGGGAAGGCCUUCAGGUUCAAAUAUAAACUUGUUCAGCACCAGCUUAUUCACACUGGAGAAAGGCCUUAUGAGUGUGCCGAAUGUGGGAAAGCUUUUGGGUGCAAAUCCAAACUUGUUCGGCACCAGAGAAUUCACACUGGAGCAAGGCCUUAUGAGUGUACUGAAUGUGGCAGAUUCUUUAGACAAAGCUCCAGCCUUGUUCAGCACCAGAGAAUUCACACAGGAGCAAGGCCUUAUGAAUGUGGUGAAUGUGAGAAAUCUUUUAGCCAAAGCUCCAGCCUCAUUCAGCACCGCAGAAUUCACACUGGAGAAAGGCCAUAUGAAUGCAGUGAAUGUGGGAAAUCCUUUAGCCAAAGCUCCAGCCUCAUUCUACAUCGGAGAAUUCACACUGGAGAAAGACCUUAUGAAUGCGGUGAAUGUGGAAAAUCUUUUAGCCAAAACUACAGCCUCAUUCAGCACCGUAAACUUCACACUAGAUAA